AUGCGUAAUGUGAUUAUAGAGUCUCAUGCUAGGUCCAUCAAGGAAAAGUAUGAAUUCCAAAGGGGAGUAGUGGUUUCCUCCCCUUCCAAGGACGAACGUUGCCACAACUAUUGCCCUAGGAAUGUCUUUUUCUUAGGUCCUGCCGAGAUGACCCCAAGCAAAAUUUCUAUGAAAAGUGUGAUGGAGGCAACGAAGGGAAGUGAAAAAGAAAGGUUGGUAAAUCCUUCCAAGAGGUUUAGAUACUUAGUGAAGGGCCUAAAGAUGUUCGAGGCUAAAAUUUCAACUCCUGCUACUACGGUGUCUAAUCCCCCUCCUACUGAAAACAUGUCAUCCGACAGGGAUGUCCAUCCCAAAAGAUCUGUUACCACCAAGGAGAAUCUUUCUUUAAAAUGA